AGGUGCGGUUACUAUGCAGGCGUCACUUCCGCUGUCUUAGAAAGUAAAGAGAAAACGAAACCAUAGAAGCGCCACACAUACGCACGUUUCGGUAAACACAUUCUCAGACUGGUAAUUCCUCUCCAUCUGCUGUUGAGCACUGCACCUGGCCAUACGGAAGGUGACGCAAACACUUCGAUUCUCAACGCGUUCUUCACACUUCCUCCCGCUUUCCCCCGAUCCCCACUGCUGCACACACACACACACACACACACAGCAAUAAACCAUAAAUAGAGCACCGUUUUUUUUUUAAUUAUUUGCUAUCACCUGCUAGCAUUCUUCUGUUUUGCACCAUGACCAGCAUUGAGAAGAUUCAGAUCUGCGGUGUCCGCAGCUUCGACCCCAACCCUGCAAAUCAGCAGUUUAUUCAAUUCCAGAAGCCUCUCACCGUCAUUUUGGGCAAAAACGGCGCUGGUAAGACAACGAUUAUCGAGGCACUGCUGAACGCCUGCACGGGUGCGAUGCCACCCGGGAGCGGCACCGAAAAAGGCUCCUUCGUGUACGAUCCAAAGGUGGUGGGUGAGACGGAGGUGAAGGCGCAGAUUCGCCUCAUCUUUACGGGUAAAGGCGGCAAGCUCAUGCAGGUCAUCCGCUCCUUCCAGGCCACCCGCUCCAGCAACCGUGUCACCUUCACCACUCUCGACAACACGGUCGCCUUCCAAGAUGCGGCGACGGGCGAGGUGAUCUCGAGCACCUACCGCGCCAGUGACGUGGACCGAGUCGUGCCGGAGAUGCUGGGGGUGUCCUCGGCGGUGCUGGCGCACGUGAUCUUCUGCCACCAGGAGGACUGCAACUGGCCCCUGGGACCACCGAAGGACGUGAAACGCAUUUUUGACGACAUCUUCGCCGCCACGCGCUACGUGCUUGCACUGGACCGUCUGCGCGAUAACAGCAAAGAGUUCCGCCGCCAGUUGAAGGAGCACGAGGCGAGUUUGAUGGCGCUGCGCGAACACCGCGAGCAGGCAAAGCAGCUCCAGCAGCAGAUCGACCAAAAAGACAGCGUCAUCCGCGCCAUCCAGGGCCGGAGCACGGGCAUCGAGCCCGAACUGCAGGAGUUGCGCCAGGCACUUACCCAACUGCGCAGCGUCGAGGACCAGAUCGAGUCGAUGCAGCGCGAGGUGGCCGUGACGCAGGCGCGGCUGGAGGAACGGCGGGAGGCGGUGCGUCGAGCCGAUCUGCCCCUCAGCACUCAAACACUGGAGACGAUGCAGGAGAUGCGCUCCAACUUCGGCGCACAGAUACAGCAUGUGGAGGAGGAGCUCGCGCAGAACACGAAGCGGCACGACGCUGUCGCCCAGACACGACGCACGCAAGAGGAGGAGUUGUAUCGAACGCGCUCCAACAUUCAGCUGCUCGAGCGCGACGAUCAGCAGCACAAGCUGAGCGUGGCCCGAUUGCGCGAGCUUCUGAGCGAGUUGUCGAGUGAGUAUGUCCUCGGCGAAAACGAUGUCGAUGAGCGCAGCCUGCAGCGGCUACUGCGGAAGGCAGAAUCGGACGCAGCGGCGGCACGGCAGCAGCUGCGGAGCGCCACCGCCGGUCUUCAGCAGAGCAUCCGCGCAGAGGAGAGCGAGGUGCAAAGUGGCCUUCGCUUAUUGGACGGCAACCUCACCGAGACACAGAUGCGGCAGCAGAGCCUCGACGCGGUGCGGCAGCGCGUGAAGGACAACGCCCGCGCCAUCGCCGGCCUCGGCGGUGACUCGCGUCGCGUCCAGCUGCGACAGCUUCAGGCUGAGAUCGAAGAGCUGCAGCAGCGCGUGGCCGCCGCCGAGGAGCUGCGCAGGAAAGACACCACCGAGCAGCGCAGCCAAGCCAUUUUAAAGGAGCUGGAGGAGCAGAACAUCGCCGUGGCGACGCUGCGAGAGGAGAUGAUGCGGCAGAAGCAGCGGGAGCGAAGCGAGCAGGAGGCGGAGCACCUUCGCCGGCAGGUGGAGGAGUCGAACGUAUCGGUCGCUGCAGCGUUGCAGAAUGACGUGCUGCCGCUUCUCCGCGCUGUCGGCGUGCAGGCGCCUGUAGUAGCCACGGAUGCUUUUUCGCCCUCGGUGCUGCUGUCGCUGCGCUCGCAGGCUACGCAGGUGCAUCAGGCGAAGGCAAAUGAACUCCAGGCCCUGCAGAGCCGCGUGUUUGAGUUGCAGAAGGCACGUGCGACGCAGGAGCAAAAGUCCGCAUACUUGUCAGAAGAGCUGGUUCAAUGCCAACGAGAGGUCUCCGACGGGCUAGCGCAGUGCGUUAACUCGGUGACGGACUUGGACACGUACGAGGAAUACCUGCGGCAGGCAAGAGAGGCGGCGGAGUCGUCGACGCAGAAGUGGCACGCGAUGGAGGCACUCGUCACGUGCUACCACGACUUCAUGAGCGUCGCCAUGUCGGAGAACAAGUGCGCCGUGUGCGAGCGGCCCUUCGCUGACCACGACGUUCGGCAGAAGUUUCUGGAAAUCAACGCGGACAAGCAGCGCGCUACGCCGCAGGCGCUGGCGGCCGUGCGAGGCGCAGCGGACACCGCCCAGGAGGCCUAUCAACGCCUGGAGAAGCUGCAGGGUGUGGUCGUGUCGGUGCGUCAGCAUCGGAGUCGCAUCCCCGUGCUGGAGGAGGAGCUGAAGUCGCUGGUGGUGCAGAUGGAGCAGAACACCGCGGCACAGGGGGAAGCGCGUGCGGCACGCGAUGCGGCCCAGACGGCCGUGCAGCAGCUGGAAGGCGUGUGUCAUCACUUGGCGGGUCUGUGCAUGAUGGAGGAAAAGGCGACGGCGCUCAAGGCGACACUGACGCGACGGGAGAAGGAAGUCGAGGCAGCCAGUCCGCAGGAGGAGGUGAUCGGCGCUGUUGGCGAGGACGGCGACGACCAGGUGUCCUCGCGGCGCACCUUCGAUGAACUCUCCGAGGCCUACGCGGCGGCCACGGACCGACUGCAUCAGCUCAACAAGUUGUUCACCGAGGCGCAGCGGAUGGAGCGCGGUCAGGACGAGCACGCCGCGCAGCGUCAGCUGCAAGAGCGCAAGGCGGCCAUGUACCAAGCGGAGGUCUCCGUGGCGAAGCUGGAGGACUUAGAGAAGACGUCGGCGGAGCUGCAGCAGGAGGCGGCGCAGCACCGCGGACGUCUCGAGGAGCUCACCGCCCAAGUCGCCACGCUGCGCACCUCGGUCGACGCUCGUCAGGCCAAGGUGCAGGAGCUGCGUGCGGAGUGCCAGAGGGCCGAGGAGGCGGAGCGCCACGCCGUCGAACAGGCGGAGGCGCGGCUGCGCCAACUGCAGUUGGCCGUUCCACCGGUGUUGAGCUACGUGCAGAGCGGCGGCGCCCAGCGACUGGAGGAGCUCCGCGUGCACCUGCGCGAGGCGGAGAAAGCCUGCACGGCCACUGUGCAAGAACUGGACGGGCUGAUGACGCACAUGGAGGACGCGCGGCGCACGUUGAGCGACCAGCACCGCCGGUCCGCCGACAUGGAUCGCCACAUCGAGGCGUUGCAGCAGCAGCAGUCCAUUGCGCUCGACGAGACGCACUUGGCGGAAACGGCACAAAUCCUCGUUUCCUUGAAGACGGAUCGACUGCAGGGCGUGGAGCAGCUCGUGGGGGAGGAGGCACGCCAGGCAAGCCUCUCCACACUGCGCGAGUUGAUCACGGCAAAGAUGACCUCCCUGGAGAAGAUCCGCGCGCAGCAGGACGGCAACAUGGAGGCGAUGCUGCUCGACGUCGCCCAGUUAAAGCAGCAGCUGCGCAGUGAUAAGUACCAGAGCAUCGAGAAGCGCUACCGCUCCACCUUUUUGAAGGUGCAAACGACCGAGAUCUCCAUCCAGGACAUCGAGAAGUACUACAGCGCGUUGGAGAAGGCCGUGCAGUCGUACCACCAAGAGAAAAUUGCGCAGAUCAACCAAAUUAUUGCAGAGCUGUGGCGACAGACGUACCGCGGCAGCGACAUCGACACGGUGGAGAUCCGGUCGGAGACGGAGGGCACGACGACGACGGCGGCGCGGCGCAGCUUCAACUACCGCGUCGUGAUGAAGCGCGGCAACAACGAGAUGGACAUGCGUGGGCGGUGCAGCGCCGGGCAGAAGGUGCUUGCAUCGAUUGUCAUCCGUCUCGCCCUCAGCGAAGCGUUCUGCUGCGACUGCGGCAUCCUUGCUUUAGAUGAGCCGACAACGAACUUGGACGACGACAACGCACGCAGCCUGGCCGCCGCCCUGCGCACGCUGAUCCAAGCCCGGCGGGCCGUGAAGCAUUUCCAGCUGAUUGUCAUUACCCACGACGAGCAGUUUGUGCGGGCGCUGGGUGGGCAGUCGCUAGACAAGUUCUUCUACAUCCACAAAGAUCGCGAAGGCGCGUUCUCCGUCAUUGAGGAACGAACGUUUGACCAACUCUUUGCCUAA